AUGCUUCUUCAAGUGCUUCAGAUCACUGAAAGUAUGUUUAAGAAGCUCCAAGCUUGUUAUGAAACUUACAUCAAAACCUUUUUCUCUUCUGUGAAGGAAGAGCCCUACACUCCAACUGGCAGCAUUUUUCAUAAGCAAAAAAUUGUUAGAUAUGGCACCAAUUUGAGGAACACACAACUACCCCUGGAACAGAGAGCUGAAGCUGCAAAAAAUAUUGGUCUGCUAGCGUACACAGGUGGGCCAAAUGCUGGAAUGCAUGCAGCAGAAUACAUCCAGGACCUAAUUGAUAUCUUGCACAUGCCAGAUACUUCAGCAAAUGUGAGGAUCCUGGUGCUCCAAGGGCUGUGCGGUAUUUGCUAUAUAAAUUACAGUAACCAAAACAAGGUAAAAGAUCUAAAUCUUGCUGAAGUUCUUCUUGUUUGUCUCAUUGAAGAUGAAAAUUCAUCCCCAGCUAGCAACCAUAUUACCAUGGUUAAGUUCUGGGUUUGUUACCUUCUGACUGUCCUUUGUUGCAACAAUAUCCCUUACAUCAGAAUAUUCCAAGAAUUGGGAGGUCAACUGCUGGAAACCAAGCUGAAAAUCCUGUCUAGCAUGGAAUGGUCUGGCUGGCCAGAUAAUUAUGCAGAAGUACUAUUUUCCCUUUUGGGGUUUUACAAAGGUCAACUUCCUUCUGGUAUUUAAAAUGAAAUAACCCUCUCAAGGAUUGUUAUAAUCUGUGAACUAUUUACAUGGCAUAAUAAAGAAAAUGAAGACAAAUUAAAUAAUGUCACUCUUCCUCUUCCCCAUCCCCCAAGAACUAGUUUGGAAUUAAAAUUAACAGGAGCUAGCUCAGCUCCUAUGCUCACCCAUUAUUCACCCUCUCCCCUCACUCGAAAGUCAGGACUACAUUACAGAACAGGUAAUCUGCCAUCAGGUUCAUUUUCCCCAGCCAAUGCCUUACUAAAAACCUUUCUUCUCCUUUCCCUUCCUGACACACCCUGCACAGUCACUUCAAAGGAUUCCAGACUAAUACUCUCUUGAAUACUCGGCUGGAGCAGGGGUUAGUGUGACCUUGGUGCACCAUAGCCCCAACAGGAUGUGAUAUGUCUGAAGACGCUCGUCAGCAUAUUGAUUCAGCAGAACUUGGGGAGGGGCACAUUGCUUUUUUCUAAAAGGCCUGCUCCUAUUGACAUUACAAUAAACGGGUAGUAUCAGACUCUAAAGGAAUACUAAGGCUAGGUCUACACUACCCGCCUGAAUCGGUGGGUAGAAAUCAACCUCUCGGGGAUCGAUUUGGGACGCGACAAUCGAUCCCCCGAAUCGAUGCUCUUACUCCACCAGCGGAGGUGGGAGUAAGCGCCAUCGACGGGAAGCUGCAGAGGUCGAUUUUGCCGCCGUCCCUACAGUGGGGUAAGU